GUGCCACUUUCAGGUCUCCUCACACUGCUGGUGUGUUCCAUUUUUUGUCAUAGGGUGCUGGCAGAUUACGGGCCUCCCAUUGCUGCUGCCAGGCCCCUAAUCUGCCAUGGGCCCCUGUACCGCCUCCUCAUGCUGCUGCCAGGUCCAGAGUGUCUCAUGGGUCCCUGUACGGCCUCCCAUUGCUGCUGUCUCCAUCGCCACACUCUGCCAUGUGCCACUUUCAGGUCUCCUCACACUGCUGGUGGGUUCCAUUUUUGUCAUAGGGUGCUGUAUGGCCUCCCAUUGCUGCUGCCUCCACCGCCAAACUGUGGCUCCACACUCUGGUUUUGGCCCCGUGACUGCCCAAAUGAGUGAAGUGUGCGGUGAUUCUAAGAUCGACGGCACUCAUCUGCAUGUCAUACUG